ACGUUCGAUAUAUAGAAAAACUUGGGUAUACUUACCCUGAAUUGGCAAAAUUUAAAGGCCAAGAUCCAAAAGAAUUACAAGCUUAUCUUCUUAAACUUUAUAAACCUGAUCCUCAUUAUGGGCGUAGAUUUUACGUAAAGUUGACUAUUGAAGCGGGUAAAUUAGUUGGACCAUACUCUGUUAGAGUUUUUCUUGAUUUACCUAAUGCGAAUGCCCAAACACCAGUAACUUCACCUCAUUUCGCUGGCUUAGUUGCCAUGUGGCGUAGUACUAAUAAUUACCAAGCAAAUAAUACUUUUAUCGCGGGAAGUGUUGAUAUUACAGCAUGCAUGGAACGAUUAGGAAUUCGAAUGGAAAAACAUGAUUAUGUUCAAGAUGUUAAUGCUACAACAGGCUUGGUAAAACCAACAUCACUUUUUGAUGUUAAUGAUGAUAUCAUUGUAGUUCCUGUUAGGUCGGAUGGAAGUGAAGUUAGUCCGAAAGAUGCUGGAGUUAAUAAGGUUGAUGUUUAUUCAUUCGAACACGAUCAAGUAGAUAAAAAUUUCUUGGACGAAAGCACUGGUCAAUAUCAUGGCACUAAACAAUUUUGA